CACAUCCACACCCGUACUCUCCAUUAUUCACCAUCAAAAAGUUGAGAGAGAGAGAGAGAGAGAGAGAGAGAGAGAGAGAGAGAGAGAGAGAGAGAGAGAGAGAGAGAGAGAGAGAGAGAGAGAGAGAGAGAGAGAGAGAGAGAGAGAGAGAGAGAGAGAGAGAGAUGAUUUUCGUUUGGAUCUUUUGAGUAUUCUGGUUCUUGUUCAUAUACUUUAACCCUUUGUGCUUCUCUUCAUUUCUUUCUCCUAACAAUUGGUUUUUCAAUCGACUUUUAGGGCCUAUCCCAGAAAACCCCACCAACAUACGUCAAAAAAGACACAAUCUUUUUCCGUCUAUAUAUAUUACACCCUUUGGACAUUUUCCACUUCAUUCUGAGGUGGUCAACGUCUCAGCUAUAAAGAGAAAGGAAAGAUCAAGUUCAAGAUUAGGGUUCAUAUGCAUGUGAACUAAUGGCGUUAGACACAAUAAAUUGCUCACAAGAUCCGAUUGGCAUUUUUGAAUACGAUUAUUUGUUACAAGAAGAUAGAAGUUUUUGUGGAUUCCUGGAGAAAAACAACCAUUAUCGAUGUCAUGAACAAGCAACCAAUGUUCACGCAAAUAAUUUGGAUUACUAUUCAUCUUCUUCAGUGAUGCACAAUCACAACAAUUUUAACGUUAAGGAACACUGGGGUACUACUUCUUCAACGGAAGAUUACACAGGCUGCAGUGCCGGAGGUGACCAGUUGAUUUCCGGUGAACUAUCUUCUCACUGCAACAUAAUGAUGGAACCACACGUGGCAGCCGUUGCCACCACUACGGUGGCCGCUGUGGGUAGGAGAAAGCGGAGGCGCACGAAGAGUGGGAAGAACAAACAGGAAAUGGAGAAUCAAAGAAUGACUCAUAUCACGGUUGAGCGCAACCGGAGAAAGCAGAUGAACGAGUAUCUGGGAGUAAUCCGAUCUUUGAUGCCAUCUUCGUAUGUUCAAAGGGGUGAUCAAGCGUCAAUAAUUGGAGGAGCAAUAAACUUUGUGAAGGAACUAGAACAACAACUACAAACCCUAGAGGUACAAAAAAGAGCCAUGCAUCAACCACACCCUAAUGAUAAAAAUGGCUACUCUACUCCACCACCACCAUUUGGUGACUUCUUCACAUUCCCACAAUACUCUGCUAGAUCAGCUAACGAAAGUGGUGGCUCUGCCACCCUCGUUAAUAUCCGGCCACCAGCAAUGGCGGAGAUAGAAGUAACAAUGGUAGAAAGCCAUGCUAACCUCAAAAUACUAUCUAAGAAACGCAAUCGACAGCUCUUGAAAAUGGUCGCUGGGCUUCAGUGUAUGUGGCUUACUGUCCUCCACCUCAAUGUUACUACCGUUGAUCAGAUGGUACUCUACAGUCUUAGUGUCAAGCUUGAGGAUGGAUGCCAGUUCAAUACAGUCGAUGAGAUUGCUGAUGCUGUUAAUUGCUUGUUGGGAAGAAUUGAAGAAGAAGCUCUUUAAUGUUACAUAUGUAUAACCCUACUGUUUUUAUAAUAAUUAUGGGGUUUAUAAUUAUAAUCUCUCUCUCUCUCUCUUUCUCUCUCUACCUAUUAUCUAUCUGUGUGUGUGGUCAUAUCACUAAGACUCUGAUGAGUUGUGUUGGCAUUGCGAAGUGUACCCAUGAUCCAUCUUCUUCACCUCCACUUCAGAGACUUGCCAUUGUUGAGGAGUGAGAAGAAUGAGAGGAGAAAAGUUCGGCAAUGAAAUGUGGAGGAUAUGUCGCCAAAAGCAAUGAGGUGGUGUUUGAUCACUGAAAUCUAUACACUAUUUUAAAAUCAUAAAGUUAAUGAAACUUUUUCGAAGUAAUAAGUUUUAGUUACUGUAUUUGGUUAUACAUAUAUACAUUAAAAUUGAGAAUGAAGUUGAGUUAAAGAA